ACUUAGAAGGUCACAGUGUUCAAGAGCUGGUGCAGUGAGAACGCCUUUUCCUCUCAUCUUUCAAUUGGUGAUGGAUUCUGCAUUUCUCACCAUUUUUCUUGUUUCUACCUUUGAGGUUUGUUCCUCUCACACAGGCAUCGCAGACUGGGAAGAUGCUAUGGUGGUGAGAGAAGGUGUACCUACGACCUUGGUCUGCACUGAUAGGUCAGUGCGCGGUGCCGUGGCCAUUAACUGGAGGGUGAAGUCACUCGGUGUGGACGAAUGGAAACUGGUUCUAUCGGCCAGCGAAAAGGAGAAGUUCUCUGGUGGUGCCUCAAAGGCUUCCAUGCAAUUGACUGACCCGAACUUUCAAGACACCGGGGUUUUCUCCUUGUCUCUUCUUCCCAGGAAGGAGGACAGCGGCCUCUAUUCAUGCUUGAUAAGGCAACGGGAGAGGAAAGUAAAGGAGAAGAUUAUUCUCUUGGCCGUGCUUACGGUCACUGUUGCCCCCGCUGCACCCGUCCCUCUACGAUGCACUCUGCGGCUGACUGCCAGUGUUAAUCCCAGCUAUGCCGUCACCAAGAUCGCCUGGGCGGCCCCAGGCGGCAUUUCAAUGAAGAGCGUAAAAAUAAAAAAUACAGGCUCAGUGGCCAAGGUGCCACAGGUCCAGAGCAGUGACGACGGGGCCUAUGUGUGCACGGUGCGCCUCUGGGGCAACAGCAGCCACACGCCUUUCGCCUUCCACGUGAACGUGAUUGUUGACGACAAGGUGGCCUCAUUCACCAACAUAACACAUGAGCCGGGGAUCUUCAGCGCCACCCGGGCUCAGACACCGUUUCUCCUGACCUGUCCUGGUGUCCGGGGGGACUACGUCCGGCUGUACUGGGUACCUCCGGACAGCAAGACGCACAGUGAUAUGAAGAGGGUGUACAUGAAUGACUGCUGGGGGGGUUCCACCUAUUCUGCCGAUCCCGGCAAGAGACUCCAGCUCGCAGGUCCACCCUACGAUGCAGAGUCUGGGAGCUUCACCUUCCUUCUCAGCCCUGAGUUGAAAGACGGCGGCCUCUACUUAUGCGAAGUGUUCCUCAAUGACGUCGCCUACAGCCGCAGUACCACGCUCAGCGUGCUGAAAGUUAAAACCCGCCAAUCCUCCUCCAUGCUGGAAUUGGUGUGCCUCUACUCAGAGCGGUCCCAGGUCAAGAGAGCCAAUUGGAAAUACCAGAACAAGACUCGUCAGCUGUCCUUGAUCAGCAACAGCCCCGGCAGCAUCAGCACCAUUCUGCCCUUACCCAUCACCCCUGACACGGCCGGGAACUACACCUGCUCCAUACAGCUGGAAAAUGGGCAGACUGCCACAGCAACGCAAGUUGUCCAACUGCCCCAUGAACCCGGGAGGGAUGUCGAGGGUGUCAUUGUGACCACCCCCUCCCUGCUCCCUUCUCUCUCUGCUUUAUUACUCCUGGUGCCCCUGGUUGCAGCAGCUGUCUUUGUGUUGCUAUGGAGACAGAAAAGGAUUUCUGAUCGCGGUAUUGAGCAGUCUCUGUCUGUCUACUCGGGUGAAGCAGAGAACGUCUAUGAGAAUCCUGACGAUAUCAGACAGCAGGCUCCUCCCCAGGGCUCAGUCUACAUGGAUUUGAAGCCAAGAGGAGAAGAUGAUGUCUAUAAGGAACUGGAGCGAUACUAACAGUGUCAGAGCUGAUCACCUACCGGCAUCUCAUCCACAUCCAGCUGUCACAUCCGCUCAGGUCCCAGUUGCAGCUGAAGGCCUUAUAAACAAAAGUAACAACUGAAUGUCAGAGUUAGGAUUUUAAGAAAAACUUCAGUGCUUCGGGGAAAUGCCUCAAUUGCUUGGAUGUUUUUUCUUUUCUAUUGCUCUUUAUAAGUACUUCAUUACUGAAUUGCUCUGAUGGCUGGUUACCCAUAGAGGAAACAUAAAACGUGUGGAAGUAAUUAUGUUAUAUUCAUUCUUAUUUGAGAAAAAUUGUUUUGUAUUUCUAUGGAUAUUUUUCCUUAAUUAUAUACAUGUUUUAAUAAAUAAUUAUGGAUCGUC